CUUCAGGCAAGCUAAGCUUCCCGGUCGGCGCCUGCCGUGCCCCACAUCCCACCGCGCCGAGGAGGACCCUUGCCAAUCCAAACCUCCAAAUUUCCAUGGCAAGGGGAACUGCGACUUCGGACAAGCUAAACUCAUAAAUUCUCCGACAACACUACCACCACCACCACCACCAGCUGAUCACAGUCCCAGCAUAUAGCACAAUGGCAGCUGGGGGAGCUUGCCGCCUGGCGUCUAAAGCCGCGGCGUCGCCAUUACCCUCCUCCUCUUCCCCUUCCGCAAACACCCGAUUACGACACCUGCGCAUCGCCUCCUCCGCGGCGAAACACGAGUACCCAGCCUACGCCGACGUCGAGCGGCUGCAAAGCCGGCUGCAGCGCGAGCUGCUAUCGUGGAAAGCAGCGGCGUCGUCAGCCACACAGCCUCUGCACAAAAGCAUACAACCGGGCAACAGCAACAACAACAGCACCGCGUCAACAGAAGGUCGGACACCGCCCGUAACGCCGCCGCCGUCCCCGCCGUUACCCACGUUGAUAUCCUUCACGCCGAAACCAACGUACACUCUAGGCCGACGACAGACGGCACCUCUCUCGGCAGCCGAGCGCGCAAGACUUGAGGCCCCACUGGCCGUGUCCGCCACCUCAUCCUCCACGAAAGAAACAGCAACAUCGACCAUGUUUUCUCCGGCAGUCAUCUCUGCCCCUCGGGGCGGCCUGGCGACAUACCACGGCCCAGGACAAGUCGUGUUCUGGCCAGUCCUCGACCUGCACUCGCCCCUGCACCGCCAUUUCACCGUGCGCGACUACGCGUGCCUGCUCGAGAAGACGACCAUCGCUGCGCUGGCGCGGUUCGCGGGGGUGAGGGGCUUCACGACGGAGAACCCGGGCGUCUGGGUGCGGCAUCGUGGCGAGGCAGUCGCUCCCGCCACCGCAGGAGCGAAUGGCGGAGAGGAUGGAACGGGGCAAGGGGACGAGCGCAAGAUCUCGGCCCUGGGAGUCCACCUCCGCCGACACGUCACGGGUCUCGGCGUGGCCGUGAACUUUGGGAUGCCCGUCUCCGGGCCCGAGGAGACGAACCCCUGGGCCAGGAUUGUCGCAUGCGGACUGGGCGAUAAACGCGUCACGAGCAUCGCGGCAGAGUCGGAAGGACGGCUUGUUGGGCUGCCAGGGCUUGGCGGUGGAGAAGACAAUAACGGCGACGGGAGUGGCGCCGGACACGAUGCCGUCGCUGAUGCGCUCGCCGAUGUCUGGGCAGAGGAGUUCGCCGCGCGGCUCGGUCUUGCAGCUCCGGAGGCGGCUGCGGACAGCGGCAUCGAGUCCGCUGUCACGCGAGUGCUUGUCGCUGAGGUCGACGUCGACGUCGACUGAAAGCAAAUACCCGCUAAGGGCUUCUCGUCGACGCCUGACGUGCAUCGUCAGUUCAAACCCGUAAAGCAAGGCAUCUGAUCUUACGUGGGCUAACCCAAGUCAAC